CACUCCGCACAACGUCUCCCCUAACACCCAGUCGGCCGGAUUUGCGGCGGGUCUGAGGAAAAGCCUCCGCUCCCGCCAGCAGAGGGCGCGAUCCCGCCCUCUUUGCAGCCUCCAGUCGGCAGAGGGUCUCAGGCUCCCACGCGCGCUCCCGGGCGCGCCUCCGCUCGCUGCGUCCCGUGACGCGGUCGCGGAACCCAAGCUGCUGGGCCUGAGCCGAGCUAAAUUCGUCGCCGGUGGCCGCUGCCGGUGCAACCAUAAAGGCUAAUCCGUAGGAGGGGAGGCUCGUGGAGUCGCACUCCCUGUUCCAGUCAGGUCGGCUCACGCUGCCGUCCCACCGUCCGCGGCCGCCGUCUCCCCGAGCGUCUGCAUGAGCUCUCUCGUGUGGGGAAGCUCCGGUGACCAUGUAGGGGGAAAGUGUGAGGAAGCUCCAGGCGCCCGAGACGAGGCCAGCGCCGUCGGCACGUCGCCCCGGCGUCCGCCACACCGCCGGAGCGGGCCGCGGGGUCCGUCGGCCCCGGUGGGCAUCCGGCCUCCGCUUGGGGCCUGACCCAGAGCGCUACAAAAGUCUCGCGCUCUCUCGCGAGAGGCUAAGUUGAAGUAACAUGGCGACGUCUAAUCUGUUAAAGAAUAAAGGUUCUCUUCAGUUUGAAGACAAAUGGGAUUUCAUGCGUCCAAUUGUUUUGAAGCUUUUACGCCAGGAAUCUGUUACAAAACAGCAGUGGUUUGAUCUGUUUUCGGAUGUGCAUGCCGUCUGUCUCUGGGAUGAUAAAGGCCCAGCAAAAAUUCAUCAGGCUUUAAAAGAAGAUAUUCUCGAGUUUAUUAAGCAAGCACAGGCACGAGUACUGAGCCAUCAAGAUGAUACAGCUUUGCUAAAAGCAUAUAUUGUUGAAUGGCGAAAAUUCUUUACACAAUGUGAUAUUUUACCGAAGCCUUUUUGUCAAUUGGAGAUUACUUUAUUGGGUAAACAGGGCAGCAAUAAAAAAUCAAAUGUAGAAGAUAGUAUUGUUCGAAAGCUCAUGCUUGAUACAUGGAAUGAAUCAAUCUUUUCAAAUAUAAAAAACAGACUCCAAGAUAGUGCAAUGAAGCUGGUACAUGCUGAAAGACUAGGAGAAGCUUUUGAUUCUCAGCUGGUCAUUGGAGUAAGAGAAUCCUAUGUUAACCUUUGUUCUAAUCCUGAAGAUAAGCUUCAAAUUUAUAGGGACAAUUUUGAGAAGGCAUACUUGGAUUCAACAGAGAGAUUUUAUAGAACACAGGCACCCUCGUAUUUACAACAAAAUGGUGUACAGAAUUAUAUGAAAUAUGCAGACGCUAAAUUAAAAGAAGAAGAAAAACGAGCAUUACGUUACUUAGAAACAAGACGAGAAUGUAACUCUGUUGAAGCACUCAUGGAAUGCUGUGUAAAUGCCCUUGUGACAUCCUUUAAAGAGACUAUCUUAGCAGAGUGCCAAGGCAUGAUCAAGCGAAAUGAAACUGAAAAAUUACAUUUAAUGUUUUCAUUGAUGGACAAAGUUCCUAAUGGGAUAGAGCCAAUGUUGAAAGACUUGGAGGAACAUAUCAUCAGUGCUGGCUUGGCCGAUAUGGUAGCAGCUGCUGAAACUAUUACUACUGACUCUGAGAAAUAUGUUGAGCAGUUACUUACACUAUUUAAUAGAUUUAGUAAACUCGUCAAAGAAGCUUUUCAAGAUGAUCCACGAUUUCUUACUGCAAGAGAUAAGGCAUAUAAAGCAGUUGUUAAUGAUGCUACCAUAUUUAAACUUGAAUUACCUUUGAAGCAGAAGGGGGUGGGAUUAAAAACUCAGCCUGAAUCAAAAUGCCCUGAGCUACUUGCUAAUUACUGUGACAUGUUGCUAAGAAAAACACCAUUAAGCAAAAAACUAACCUCUGAAGAGAUUGAAGCAAAGCUUAAAGAAGUGCUCUUGGUACUUAAAUAUGUGCAAAACAAAGACGUUUUUAUGAGGUAUCACAAAGCUCAUUUGACACGUCGUCUUAUAUUAGACAUCUCUGCUGAUAGUGAAAUUGAAGAGAAUAUGGUAGAGUGGCUAAGAGAAGUUGGUAUGCCAGCAGAUUAUGUAAACAAGCUUGCUAGAAUGUUUCAGGACAUAAAAGUAUCUGAAGAUUUGAACCAAGCUUUUAAGGAAAUGCACAAAAAUAAUAAAUUGGCUUUACCAGCUGAUUCGGUUAAUAUAAAAAUUCUAAAUGCUGGUGCAUGGUCAAGAAGUUCUGAGAAAGUCUUUGUCUCACUUCCUACUGAACUGGAAGAUUUGAUACCUGAAGUGGAAGAAUUUUAUAAAAAAAAUCAUAGUGGUAGAAAAUUACAUUGGCAUCAUCUCAUGUCAAAUGGAAUUAUAACAUUUAAGAAUGAAGUAGGUCAGUAUGAUCUAGAGGUAACAACGUUUCAGCUGGCUGUGUUAUUUGCAUGGAACCAAAGACCUAGAGAGAAAAUCAGCUUUGAGAAUCUGAAACUUGCAACUGAACUCCCUGAUGCUGAGCUUAGAAGGACUUUAUGGUCUUUAGUAGCUUUCCCAAAGCUCAAACGGCAAGUUCUAUUGUAUGAACCUCAAGUCAACUCACCCAAAGACUUUACAGAAGGUACCCUCUUCUCAGUGAACCAGGAGUUCAGUUUAAUAAAAAAUGCAAAAGUUCAGAAAAGGGGUAAAAUCAACUUGAUUGGACGCUUGCAGCUCACUACAGAAAGGAUGAGAGAAGAAGAAAACGAAGGAAUAGUCCAACUAAGAAUACUAAGAACCCAGGAAGCUAUCAUACAAAUAAUGAAGAUGAGAAAGAAAAUUAGUAAUGCUCAGCUGCAGACUGAAUUAGUAGAAAUUUUGAAAAACAUGUUCUUGCCACAAAAGAAAAUGAUAAAAGAGCAAAUAGAAUGGCUAAUAGAGCACAAAUACAUCAGAAGAGAUGAAUCUGAUAUCAACACAUUCAUAUAUAUGGCAUAAUUUUUGAAUAUCAUGGAUAAUAUUAAGAACCCGAAUUUUGGAGUGCAUGGGCAGAAAGUUGUAUAACAGUUUGUGCUGGAGGAAGGUUUAUUUGGACUUUGAUUACAUAAAUAUUAAAAUCUCUGCCUUACCUAACAAAACAACUAUAUUUUGCCAGUCACAUUAGUUAGCAUGAUGGCAUUCCCUUCAUGUUGCACACUCUUUAACAGCAUGCUGUUUUGUGGAGAAUCUUGCAUUCAUGAAGAGCCCGUUAUAAACUUUUAAAAGUAAAUUUGAUUUCUACCCACCAGAAGAAAUACACUUGGGAAGGGUCAGGGCAGGGUUCUUGUUGCUUUUUUCCUUUUUUCCUCUCACAAAAAUGUACUGCACAAGGAAGGAGCUUCAGAUAUUGGUGUACUGAAAACUGCUGUUUUAUUUUGUUUUUUAAAAUGUGAUUAAAACUAGAAAUAGCACUCUUGGUUUCUUUUGAUCAAAAGAGUGAGCUGGUCAACACAACAUGGGGAAAGGGCAGAUGUAGGUGAGAAGAUAAGUAUUUAAUAGUAUCAAAUUACUGGUUCAGACACUGCUUCAGUACAUUAACUAGUUUUAUGGUGACCUAAAGAUGGCAUUAAAUUUUUCAACUUAACAGAUGUUGGCUUUAAGCAAAACACUGUUAUUUUAGUUGUGUGUUAUUAAAUGAUGAAGACUUUAUUUUAAAUGACUAGAUAGCUUGGUUUGGAAAAGGGAAGCUUUAUUAAUUGUUGCUUCAGUUGUUUAAAAAAAAAAGUAUGGAGUUAGGUAAUUUUAAUUGCAGAGUCAAAAUAGCAACAAACAUAUUAAGUGUUAAUAUUAAACAUUAAAUAUUGAACACUUAGUAUUUAUAUACCUAAUAUUUAUUAUGCCAUAUCCAAAUUUAUUAAAAACAAAACAAAAAACUUCUGCUCUCAUAUAAUACAGUUAUGUAACUGAUCUCUUAAUCUGUAGCAUAGAAAUGUUUUGAUAUUUUAAAGUCUCAUGAUUAGGGUUUUUUAGCCUCAGGUUUUUGGAAAGACAUUCUGUUUUAAAAAGUAAUAAUUAAGUAUCGAGUCACCACAACAUAAAACCUGAAAAGCAUAAGCAAAAUUGUUGCAGUCUUAAUAUGAGCAGUGAAUUUGCCAAAUAGAUGUACAUAUAUAUUUAUAUAUUUUAAAAAUAAACAUUUUUUAAAUGAUCAGAAGGCAACACUUAACCUUGUUCCUUUCAGUCGAUCCAAAGUAGCAACUUACUAGUUGCUGGCAACUAAAUACCCAGAGUAGUGGAGAUUUUAGGACUUGAGGACAUGAACAACUUAAAAGAGAAAAACUUAUUCCCCGUUGAAAGAAUGGCUCAAUAUGGAUUUUUAUUCAUUAUGGUGCAUGUUUCAAUUUUUCUUGCAAAUUAUUUUAUAUCUUGUUUUGAUAUUGAGUAAUAUUUUAAAGUUAUGGUAUUGAAAAUAGUAGGAAAUGAAGUGCUGGAGCAUUGAAAGGCAUACAGUAUUAUUGCAGAGUUCUUUGAAGUCUGUCCCUAAUCCCAGGGGGCUUUGUGAGCUGCCUGCUAAAAGGAAAGCAAAUUUAAACAUGUAAGGUUUUCCUAGUUAUAGUGAAAUGCCUGUUUUGAAACUCAUAAAUUGUGAUUUUGUUUCUAAAUUAAAAUCUUAUACUUGAGCCUCUAAGGUAGUAUAUGUCAAUUACUAGACCAACCUUAUUGUGAAGAAUUAAACUAAAUUAGUUCUCACUAUUUUCUGUAAUUAGAUGACUGGUAACAAUGGAUACAUUUAGAAUUUUUGUAAAGUUUGGUAAUAAUUUGUGAUCUUUAACAAAUAGUUUAGUAUUGGCUUAUUGCUUAUCCAAUUCAGGAAUGCUGAAGGCGGAAAAGCUGGAAGGAAAAGUUACAGACUGUUUUUAAAGUGUAAGAUUUGUUGUAAACCAUAAUUGUUCUCAGAACAUUUUUGGCAUUUGUAAGCUCUUUGGUUAUUUAAUUUAAGAAUGAGAGCCAUGAUGUUUUGGUUUAUAAAGGUAAAUUUAAUGCAAAAGUAGGUAUCUCCAAAACCAUAGCAAAGUUUUCUAUUAAAUUUUAUAAAUUUUUUAAUAGUUAAUGAUGUCCUAAUUGUAUUUUGGGGAAUUGAACAACAGCAAAUACUGUACUUAAAGUUUUCAUCAUUUUUUUUGUUAUGUAUACAAAACUAACUACUUUUUGGUGUUUAUGAAAACCUAAAUUUAGUUGACAAGGUGCCUAUACCAUUGUUGAAUUUUCUUUAAAUAUGUUUUGAUAGUAGAUUUGCUAAUUUGAAAGAAAAGAAUCUGAAAAAAAAGACUUAAAGCAGUUUACUAAAGGUAUAGAACACGGUGUGUAAACUUUACUAGGUCUCUUCUCAAAUGUACUCAUAAAAUCAGUGCUAUCUGAGCAGGGAUGAAACCUGACACAAGGGAGAAGAAUCUAGGCCAUGAGUAGUAUGGCAACAGGACGCUUCAGAGGUUAAUUUAAGCUUCAAACACUCAGCUUCUAAUUUAAAGAUGGAGCCAUCUGAAAAAUGUUAACCUUUGUUGUCAUCUCAUUGCCAGAAUUAAGUAAACAUGAAACAGAAUUUACAAAGUAAAAA